AUAACCGGAGAAAACCAUGUGACUUCACUGCACUAUCCUAAACAACAGCGCUACGUGUGAGGUACGACCACCGAGAAGUUUCUUUUAGAUCAGGAGAGAACUUCUUUCCCAAAUAUUAGAAAGAGAUGGCGAGCGAGGAAAUGAGCAGCAAUGAUCAGAUUAAUGAGACCGCGAUUGAGAUGGCAUUCAAUAAUAUCACUGGACAGCUCAAUACGCUGGCUCCCACGUCAAUGAAUUACAUAUUUAAGGUUCAUCCUGAUCAACGUAGUGUGAAUGAAAAGGCGUAUGAGCCUGUGUUGCUUUCGAUUGGGCCAUACCACUAUCAUAAGCGCAACAGCGACCAGCUUCGAUAUGUGCAACAGCAAAAGUUGCGCUACCUAAAUGAUCUGAUUAAACGAAAGGAGGAAGAAAAACGUGCAUCCAGAUCUGACUGCCCAAUGACCCACACUACCUUAUUUAACAUGGCCGUGAAUUGUCACCCAAGCUCGAAGAUUGCAAAAGACAGUAUCGAAAGUCUCCUGAAGGAACCAUCGUCCUCACCUUCAUCUCUAUCGGAAAGUAGACAACUGGAUCCAGAAAAACUCAAAGAGUUCAAGCAUCUUUUGGAUCUCGUCCACAAGUUUAUGUUGGUAGGGGAGAUCUUGGAAAAGAAAGAAGAAGGUGCCUCACCACAAAAGCAAGAGCAGGGGAGACGGACUAUUUGGAAAGUUUGCGAUGAAAAAGCACUUAAAGGAGCAGGAACUGUUUGGAAAUGUUGCGGUGGCAAAGCACUUAAUGGAGCAAGGACUAUUUGGAAAUUUUGCGGUGGAAAAGCACUUAAUUCACCUCAAACGCAGUCCCCAAAGAGAACGCUUUCUGCUGUAGAGCUAAGAGAUCAUGGAGUUACAUUCAAGAAGGCCGAGCAAAGAGAGCUCUACAAUAUCACAUUUGAAAAGGGACUUUUACAGAUUCCAGUCAUCCAAAUAGAUGAUGCUACAGAAGUGCGAUUCCGGAAUAUGAUCGCAUAUGAGGGUUCGUACAUCAAAGACUACAUGGAUUUCAUGGAUAGUCUGGUCAAUACCCGCGAGGAUGCUAAGCUGCUUCGACGCCAUGAGAUAAUCAAAAGCUUCGUGGGUGAUGAUGAAACAGUCGCUACCGUGUUCAACAAAAUGUGCAAAAAUGUGGUAAUCUCCCCAAACUCUUACUAUAAAAAAAUAGCUGAUGAUUUGUCGGAUUAUUGCAAAAGGAGGCGACAUGGUUCGAUGGUGAAAUUUUGGGACAAUUAUCUUAGCAGCCCUUGGGCAAUCUUGUCGGUUUUCGCAGCGUCAAUCCUACUCAUCUUAACUAUGACACAAACUGUCUACACUGCUCUCUCGUACUACAAUGCAAAAUAAGUAUUUCCACGUCCUUGCACGUUAGUUGCUUACAAUAUCGUGAAAUGUCUUUCAGUGUGUAAACUGCAUUUUCUGUGUAGUUUUUUGAAUAUAUAGUUGUACUCUGACAAUUAUAUGUGUGAUGUAAUCAAUAAGAUCGAUGAUAUUAUCUAAUAAGUUAACAUUU